AUGACAAAAUAUAUAAAAGAAAGAAGAAAAUACAGAAUAAAUGAUCCUUAUGAUGAAAAAGAAAAAAUAGCCAUAUCUCAAAAAAAACAUAAAGAAAAAGAGAAAACACAAGAAACUAAGAAACAUGAUGACAACAGUAAAAGUAAUAAUAAUGUUGUAAACUCUUCUGAAAAUUUUAUAAAAAUAUAUAAAAACAUUUUAAAACAAAAUUACCAUGUAGAAAAAUUUAAAAAACAAAAUGAAAAUAUAGAAGAAAGUAAAAAAAAAGCAACAAGUAGGAAAAAAAUUAAAAAACUAAAUUUUAAAUUGAAAAAAAAUAAUCUUAUUGAAAAAGUAAUAAAAAAAAAAGCUUUUCUAGAAGCUAAAAAUACAGUGUUCCCAUCAUUAAAAAAAUGUAAUACAGUUCCUAAUAUUUCUAUCAAUCAAAAUAUAUCACAAAAUGAACCUAAUAAUAAUAAAAAGGAUAAAAAUAUAAAACUUAUAAAACUUAUACAAAAAUCAAAAAAGGAUGACAACAAAAAUAUUAAUAAUAAAAAGAAUAACAAUCAAAAAAGUGAAACAAAAAAUUUAAAUAAUUCUAAAACGAAUAAAGCUAAUAUUGUUAACCAAUAUGAUGAAAUAAUUAAUUCUAAUAAUUACAUGAAAAACCCUAUUCAAUUUGUAAAAAAUAUGAUUCAACAGCAGCAAAAAAAAUAG